AUGGAGUCUCCAACGCGUCCCAUCCUAAGCCCCUCAAAAGCGCUGCAUCCGGUUUCGCCGGAACGCAUGAAUCAACAAACCAUCCCCGGUUCUCCAUCACUACCUUCCGAUCUCCUCACACUACAUCACAAGAGCACCCGAGGUGUUUCGGAAGUUCAAGCCAAAGUGGCAUUUCUAAAUGGCCUAUCUCGAGGAGGCAGCCCUGCCAACUCUGCAGCAAGCAAUGCCGCUCUACAACGCGCCAUCAUGGGCCGAGAGGAAGCCGAAUCCGCCCUAGCCACCGCACAAGAAGAUUUAUCCGAAGCACAGACACGAGAACGCCGGAUCAGUGAACGCCUCGAAUCAUUGCUGGAAGAGCUACACGGGACAAAAGAACGACAGGCCCACGAACGAUCAAUUUUCGAAAAGGAAAUCCGAAAAGCCCGCAAGGAAGCUUUUCGCGCUGGUUCGACCGUGGUAAAGCUUCAAGAAGAAUUGAAGCACGCGAAAUCAGAGGUCAGAGCACUGAAGGACGAAGUGGCAGCAGAACGCGAGUCGAAGGACAAGGCCAAACAGGAGGCAUUCGAACGCGCCUAUGCUCUCGCCGGUCUUACAGAGGAACUUGAAGUUCUGAAAGAAAAAUUCCGUGCCCUUGAAACCGACAACCACUCGAGCACCCUCGAAGUCCGCGCCCAUGAGAUUCGGAAAGAAGACUUCGGAAGACUGUCAAUAGCGGAAGGGGACCUCGCGUUUUUGGCCACACCACGCAGACCGAAACGAGCCGCUGCGGGAUCUGUUCUCUCCCCAGCCCCGGCACGCGAAGAAGACCAUGCAGAAGCCACUCCCCCCAAACGCCCGCGUUUGUCGGACUGUGCACCAAAGACGGAGAGUGAACAACCCGCAUCCGAGACGGCUGCUGAACUGCAAGAAGAUCUGUUAGAGAGGAUUAAGGAAGAGCUUGACUUUGAGCGUCGCCGCAGAGUCGCAGCCGAAGACAUGGUGCAUUUCUUGAACAUUGAGUGCCAGUUCGAACGCUGCUCUUGCAGGCUUGCUGAGAGCCAAGGCCGUCGCUACAUCUACGAUGCUGAUUACUAUAACACAUUCCAAAAGCCUCAGAUUGAGGCGGAAGAGAAAGCUCGGGCCCAGCAAGCCAUCAUUCAGCAAGCAAGUGUGCAACAAGUCCAUCCUCACCCAGCCAGCACCCCCGAGGCCAGCCCUCCCCCUCCUCCACCCCCCGUCCACCGAUCUCCUGUUCACCAGGCCCCCACUCUCAUGGUGAGAUCACCUCAACACAGUAUCCACCAGGAAGAACCCGAGCCAAGUCGUACCCCUCUGGCCGCGCCACCUGUUCCUGUCCACCAGCACACCGCGCCUUCUGUAAAGGCUGAACCUAGAGACCUGCCCAAGAUGCAAAUGCCAGCUGAGCCCCUGGUUACAUUUUCUCCAGAGACCGGCACAUUCACGACAUUCCCAUCUCCUCUCCGAGAUAACGUCAGACCUCCGCGGUUGGAUUUCUUCGACACGCCCGAUCUCUCUGAGCCUCGACUGGAUGUUCACGCAGGUCAUGUCGAUGGGUCUGCAUCACCCGACCAACACGUCGACUCAUUUACACCUUCGGGGGAACCAGCCUUGACCAGAAUGCCCCGUCCCACCCCAUCAGAUGGUGCCGCCGAACACUCGCGAGCACCACUGUCUGUGGAAGCAAGACCAUCGCGACGUGUCGACAGAGAACCCCAUGGACACCGCCAGCCCAUCAACCCCCCAAAGAGAGUUCCUUCCCGACAAGAGCCACAGUCACAGCGCACUUCGCACCCUGGCAUUCCCGAUACACCCAUCGACCGCGAACAAGCGCUCGCACAGAUCAGGGCGCGACGAGGCCGUACUCACAGCAAGCAGCGGUCAGUCAGUGCCAGCGAGCCUGGCCGCGCAGCUCGCGCGUCGGCGGGAUCCAACCCAACCCCUGCUCGGGGACCUCGACGCCUUCCCAACCCCAAUCUUCGGGCCGAUUCGAGGACUGAGAACGAGCUUGGUGAACGCCGAGAUAUGAGUGCUCCUGUUCGGAUGUUCCGACGUUAA